CGCAGUUGGCCAAUGGUUGGCCCAACGUUGCGACUGAAUUUGUGGACGUUCAACCGGCGGCUCCAUUAAGUAACUAAAUCUAGUUUGAAUGAAUGCAGUGUAAUCGUUUGUUCAAUAUUACAUUUUCAUUUUUUUUUCGAGAAGUAGCUAUGUCGUAGCGAAUGAGCUCGGCUGCGGCACGCAGAAAGAGAGAAGCCCCUUGUCGUCUGCUGCAGUGACCGCACGUUCGCGUUGACCGCGAGUUUUACGUUCGAUUGGAAGCGACAUGGCAUGUGCUUUACUCAGGCGUGGGUGUUACGGGCUUGAAUGGCUCAAAUCGUCUCCCAUUAUUUCGGCCACAAUGAAAUACUCGACACAAGAACAGAAAAGCUACGACCUGAUUGUCAUCGGCGGAGGGUCAGGUGGCCUUGCAUGUGCAAAGGAAGCACAGGCAUGUGGCAUGAAAGUGGCUGUGCUGGAUGCUGUGUCGCCCUCGCCUCGAGGCAGCCGGUGGGGACUCGGGGGCACUUGUGUCAAUGUUGGCUGCAUACCGAAGAAGCUCUUCCACCAGGCAGCACUGCUGGGUGAAGCCCUGAGGGACGCCCCGCUCUAUGGCUGGCAGCUUCCUGGCCAAGUUUCAACAGCCCAGGACAGUGCAGCGAAAUCCAGGCUGAACCAUGAAUGGGCCACUCUGAGAAACGCAGUGCAAUCACAUGUGCGGUCCCUUAACUGGGGACACCGAGUGCAGCUGAACAAGAAGAAGGUGGAUUACUAUAAUGCUCAUGGAAGGUUUCUUGAGCACCAGAAGGUUGUUGCCCAGGCUCCCAAUGGCAAAGAGGAAAUCCUUGUGGCCAGCAAGUUUGUGAUUGCUGUGGGAGGCAGGCCAAUCAUUCCAAAAGAUAUACAUGGCCUUUCUGACUAUGCCAUUACGUCAGAUGACAUCUUCUCUCUAGAGAAUCCACCAGGAAAGACACUGGUGAUUGGUGCGAGCUAUGUUGCAUUAGAAUGUGCUGGCUUCUUGAAUGGACUGGGCUAUGACACAUCUGUGAUGGUGAGGUCCAUUUGCCUACGUGGGUUUGACCAGCAAAUGGCCAAGCUAGUGACUGACCACAUGACGUUAGAAGGAAUAAAGUUCCUCUGGAAGUGCCUGCCCAAGGAGGUGACCAAAAUGCCAGAUGGCAAGUUGAAGGUUAAGUGGUGCAGCUCUGAUGGCAGAAUCCAGGAGGACAUCUUUGACACCGUCUUGGUAGCUGUUGGGCGACGAGCAGAAACAUCAAGCCUUAAUCUGGAUACAGUCAAAGUUAAUGUGAAUCCCAAGAAUAAGAAGAUUGUUGUUGACAAGAAUGAGCAGUCAUCUGUCAGCAACAUCUUUGCUAUUGGUGAUGUGAUAGACGGAAAACCUGAGCUUACGCCUGUCGCCAUUCAUGCUGGUAAGCUUCUGGCACGACGACUUGCUGGAGUAUCUUCCGAGUACAUGGACUACAACAGCGUCCCUACAACAGUCUUCACACCACUUGAAUAUGGCUGUGUCGGCAUAUCUGAAGAGCUUGCUAUUGAAACUGUUGGCAAAGAAAACAUAGAUGUCCUGCAUGCCUUCUACAAGCCACUGCAGUACACUGUGGCUCAGAGGGAUGCCAGCCAUUGCUACAUCAAGGCCAUUGUGAAACUGUCAGAACCACAGCAUGUGCUGGGACUGCACAUGACAGGGCCCCAUGCUGGGGAGGUCAUCCAAGGCUUCGCCGCUGCACUUAAGUCUGGUAUGACAAGACAGACCCUGGAGCAGACUAUAGGCAUCCAUCCAACUGUGGCUGAGGAAGUCGUCAAGUUGUGGAUAACAAAGCGGUCUGGAGAGGACCCGCAGGUCACGGGCUGCUGAGGUUAAGCGGAACGGCUGUGCUUCUAGAGCAGCUCAAUCAGGAUUGAAAUGGCUGAUUGCAUGCUCAAACAAGGAGCACAGACGUUCCAUGCACACAUUGAAGCUAGCUGAGUUGCAGUUGUCUCUGCUGUGAUGAUGCUGAACCCUUAAAAGCCAAACAUUGGUUUGGGCUCAGCUGAUGAAGCAGUGACCACACUGCACUCUUAUGGAUGAUUUCUUAGCUGGGGUAUGGUUUUAUUCUCUUAGCUGUAAUAUUGUUUAUAAUGAUUGCAAUAAAUUUGAUAAUUAUGAUUGA